GCAUGCUUCCUCACUCUCUCCCCUGUCCUCCAGCCUUCCUCUACCUCCAACAGGGUAACCAGGACGCCACGGCUCCGCCGGACGCGAUGGCUCAGCCCUACCCCCCGGCCCAGUACCCCCCACCCCCCCAGAACGGGAUCCCCGCAGAGUACGCACCACCGCACCCCCACCCCACGCAGGACUACUCGGGGCAAAGCACAGUACCGGAGCACGCCAUGACCCUCUACACACCAGCACAGAGCCACGCCGAGCAGCCGGGCACCGACGCCAGCACACAGUCCAUAGCAGGGACGCAGACGGUACCGCAGACAGACGAGGCGGCACAGACAGACAGCCAGCAGCUACACUCCUCAGACAACACAGACAAGCAGCAGCCCAAGAGGUUACACGUCUCCAACAUCCCCUUCCGAUUCCGGGACCCUGACCUGCGGCAAAUGUUCGGGCAAUUCGGGAAGAUCCUGGACGUGGAGAUCAUUUUCAAUGAGCGGGGCUCCAAGGGUUUUGGGUUUGUAACUUUUGAAACUAGCACAGAUGCCGACCGGGCACGGGAGAAGCUGAAUGGCACCAUCGUAGAGGGCCGGAAGAUUGAGGUGAACAACGCCACAGCCCGGGUCAUGACGAACAAGAAGGCUGCCAACCCCUACACCAACGGCUGGAAGCUGAACCCAGUGGUGGGAGCGGUCUACGGCCCCGAGUUCUACGCAGUAACGGGGUUCCCGUACCCCGCCACGGGGACGGCCGUGGCCUACCGAGGGGCACACUUACGGGGACGAGGACGCGCCGUCUACAACACCUUCCGGGCUGCGCCGCCGCCACCGCCCAUCCCCACCUACGGCGCGGUCGUCUACCAGGACGGGUUCUACGGAGCUGAGAUCUACGGGGGCUAUGCCGCCUACAGAUACGCCCAGCCUGCGGCAGCAGCGGCAGCAUACAGCGACAGUUACGGCAGAGUGUAUGCAGCGGCAGACCCGUACCACCACACCAUCGGCCCCGCCGCCACAUACAGCAUCGGCACCAUGUGAAACCGCGGCCGUUUCCUUCUGGGACCAGGAAGGGCAAAAAAAUCCACACACACACAAAAAAAUCAAAAAUAAAAAAAUUAAAAGCAAAGCAACAAAAAAAAAAAAAAAAAGCAAAGCGGUAACAGCCAAGUGAAAGUCCCAUACUGUCCACACACGCACCGAGCGAGCGAGUCCCGGAGGAGCGCCGCGGCGAGCACGGACCGGCCGGACGUGCCAGAGGGGUCCCUCUCCGCCCCGGCCCCGCAGCCCGUGGCAGGGAGGGAGAGCCGGCGCGCCGCCGAGCGUGGGGGCGUCCGGAGGGGCCUCCGCCCGCCCAGGCGCAGGGCCUGGGCACCACGUCUUCCUUUCAGCCCCGGCGCGGCGGCGCUGGGGGUGCCAGCGGAGCGCUGCGGCACGCCGCCCCUUCCCCGGCUCUGGGGACUGGGCGCCAGGGUGGGAACUUGGCUUCGUGUUUCCCAAGCUACGGCGCUACGGCGCUUGCCGGUCAUCAGCGUGUCAAGUGUGCGAGGCCUCGGCUCCCGUACGGAGCUGGGGUGGUGGUGCAGCCGCUUUGCUGAGGCGCUGGGCGUUGCAGGGGGAUGAGCCUCUGCCUUUUAAAGGGAAUUUUUGUUAAGAGGAGCUUGCAACUCGCUUGCGAUCCCUUUCCCCUCCCUCCCCUCCAUCCCCUGACGCACCUGGGGCUCCCACCCCGCAGGGAGCAGCCCUGACCAACGCCGCUCGCGGCCCCCUGCGCUGAGCCGGGACGGGGACUGCCCCGAUCCUGCUCCCGCUCCCGCCUGCUCCGUGGCGCGGGACAUGCUUACGGCCACCCGUCCCUGCCCGAGACAGCGGGACCCCACCAGCCCUCAGCGUGGGGUCUCGGCCAUUGCAUCGCCCAGGACCGGGGGCUGGCAUCGCCCACGGGGACCAGCCCGAGCCCCGGGGUCCAUCUGCAGCAGCCGGUGCGCCGGGGCCGGUGCCCAGCGGCACGGGGCGCUGCGGAGCCCACCCCGGGGUGCAGGCCUGCCCCAUAGGGCGGCCUCGCGCUCAGCCCCCCCCCCCCCCGCACCCUGCCCCGCGUGGCUCCGCCACUCCUCAAACCUCACUUUAUAGUCUGCAGACGCCCCCGAUGCUCCAGCGACGAGCUCCCCCUUUUCUAUUCCCGGUGUACAUAGCCCCAGCCACCCCGGCCCCGCGCCCCCGCCCCUGUACAAAGCUCCUUCCAUCGCUGUACUGGCUUCUUCCUUACAGCAAACCCCUGCGCCGGCCGCCGGUGCGCAGGCUGGCGCCGGCCCAUUCUGUAUGCUUCAAAGGUGUGACCAUUCUAAUAAACAGUAUUAUUAUUAUUAUUAUUACUAUUAUUAUUAUUAUUAUUACAAGGAUUAUUAUUAUUAUUGAAAUUAUUAAUAAAGAUUUCUUUCUUCAA